GGUGUCUCGAAAGUAGCCUCGUCUCGAGGGCGUUUCUCUGGUCAAGUCUUCGCCUCCGUGCAACGACACAAAUGGGUGCAGCGAUAUCCACUGCCUACAAUACCUUGCCUACUCUUUAUCGCAAUGACCCUCGUUCGUCGUCAGGAUUCAGGUUCAUGGCGAGUCAUAAGGGACCUCCCGGUAUGGAUAAUGUGCAGAAGACAGUGCGGAAUAUAGAAACACUAAGCGCGAAUUCGCUGUUAUGUCGACGAUCAGGCAUCCAACACUCCUGUGAGUCUGGGGGUGGUUCAUGCAGUCUCUCUUUGAGCUCGGAGGAGGUAGCGAAUCUAGCUCUGUUGAAUAUUCCUGGCAUUCCUAGAGUUGCGGGAGACUUGAUCCAGCUCACAUAUCAUCAGGGUGUCGAGUUGCUGGAGAGUGUGCAAACGAGACUUGCCAGCAAAUCUGAACCCGUGACAGAUCCGAGACUCCUGAGGCCUGCUUUGCGAGUACUACACAGCUUGGCGCCACAGCUCGAUCGAUAUCCAGAGAACCUGAUGCUACACGAAGUUCAGAUAGAGUCUUCUAUUCCCGUGUACGAUGGACAGCAUGCAGAUGUUUUCGCCGGGCAUCUUUCUCCUUCGAAGCAAGUGGCUGUGAAGCGGUUUCGAUUGUCUGGGACGCCCGACCAAACUUUCGGACUUUUCAAGGCUCUUCUUACGGAGUCGCUUGUGUGGGUGCACGUUCAUCAUAGCAACGUUCUUCCGUUUCUUGGCCUUUGGUCGGAUUGUGUACUCGAAUCUGGUCGUCUAGAGAUUUCGUUGCUAUGUAUGGUGACCCCAUGGAUGCGCCAUGGCAACCUGCGUACGUUUCUUAACAAGGCGACGUAUAUUACCGAUCAAGAGAGACAGCAAUUGGUUCUUGGCGUGGCGAGGGGAUUGGCGUACCUUCAUAGCUCAGGAAUUGUCCAUGGGGAUCUCCGAGGCGUCAACAUUUUGGUGGACGAGAACAUGUGCCCGCUCCUCGCCGAUUAUGGGCUUGCGCAAUUGAUUGCCGAGUGGCCUAUGCUUGCCACCCGCAAAAAGCCGGAGGGAUCCACUCGAUGGACCUCGCCGGAGUUGCUUUCCCCGGAGUCGUUUGGCUUGACAAAUUCAAAUCCAACGUGUGCCAGUGAUAUGUACGCUUUUGCAUGCGUUUGCUAUGAGAUCUAUACCUCGCGUGCCCCGUUCUUUACUAUUAAACGCGACGCCGCUGUGAUAUUCCGAGUCAUGAAUGGAGAACGCCCUGCGUACACUAUACAAAACAUCCCGUACGGCCUUCCUCCAGCGAACAUCGAGGGAUUGAUUACGAAGUGUUGGGAUCAAUUGCCGGAGAAGCGGCCGUCGGCUGCGCAAGUCGUAGAGUGCCUUCAAAAAGCUCCGUUACUUUCUGUCACUUGAUGAUCGACAUGCAAUACCCGUACUAGUCACUUACUGUGUUUCUGUGUAUCGUACUCCGAAGCUGCAUUGGCCGGUUGCAACUACAAGUAGACAAGUUGAGCACAUGCAUACUAUGCU